GCAUUCACAUUCACAGUUGACUUUAUUGUAUUUUAUUUUAAGGAUAUACUGUAAACCUUCUCAUUUGUCGUUGUCAUAUUGAUAACGCUGAUCUGAUGAUACGGUUUUUAGUUGUUGGUGGUGCUUUAUAUGUGUAUAGAGAGAGAGCAAUCAUCAGCACAAUGGGAAUGGGACCUUAGUGCAGCUUCGGGAGUGCAUCUGCGUGGAGCACGGUCGCGGCACGUACGAUCCGUUUGACCGCCGGUACUUUCUCUCGCUGAUGUUUUGCGAGUCGAUUACUCAACAAGCAGUCGCGCUGUCUAAUCGUCGAUGUUCGCUAGCGGAUGCCUAUGAGAGCGGUCGUGUAAACGGGAUCGAAGGACUAGUGUCAAAACAUUGUCCUGUUUGUGUAAUGAGUGUUGGUGUGUUGUGACGCGGUGGUGGCGGGCCCAGGCGAGAUGCGGCGCGGCAGCGGCGGCGGCGGCUGCGGCUGGGGCGGCGGUGGCGGCGUGUUUGGGCGCUGGUCGCUGCGCCGCCUGCUGCUGGACAGCCCACUUGUGGGCAGGCGACUGGCUCAUACAGUAUUGGAUCAAGCAGACACUCGGCCGGUGAAGCUGAGCGCCGUAGAGCAGUCGCAGAACAGGCAGCAGACCACCAUAGAGUUCAUCGCUGAGGACGAAGAGGGCGAUGUAUUGGAAUGUCCGCUAUGCCUGCUGGUGUUCAGCGCCAACAACAUGGUACGGCUGGCGUGGUGCGCGCACCGCUGCUGCGAGCCCUGCAUGCGGCAGUACCUCGCCAUCGAGAUCUUCGAGGCGCGCGUGCCCGUCAGCUGCCCCGCCUGCCAGGAGAACAUCCACCCGCUAGACGUCCGGCGCAUCGUGGACAACCCGGUGUUAUACGACAAGUACGAGGAGUUCUCGGUGCGGCGCGCGCUGGCGGCCGAUCCCGACACGCGGUGGUGCCCCGCGCCCGACUGCAGUUUCGCGGUGGUGGCGACGGGGUGCGCGUCGUGCCCGAAGCUGACGUGCCUGGCGCCGGGCUGCGGCGCGUCCUUCUGCUACCACUGCAAGGCGGCGUGGCACCCCACGCAGACCUGCGACGCCGCGCGCCGCUCGCGCGCGCCGCCGCCGAGGACGCCGCAGCCGCAGCACCAAGACUCGGACACGGGUGAAGUGAAGCCGUGCCCGCGCUGCGCCGUGCUGAUCGUGAAGGUGGAAGAUGGCUCCUGCAACCACAUGGUGUGCUGCGUGUGCGGCGCUGAGUUCUGUUGGCUGUGCAUGAAGGAAGUCUCCGACCUACAUUACCUCAGUCCGAGCGGCUGUACAUUCUGGGGCAAGAAGCCUUGGUCGCGCAAGAAGAAGCUGCUGUGGCAGCUGGGCACGCUGGCGGGCGCGCCGCUGGGCAUCGCCGUGGUGGCGGGCGUGGCGCUGCCCGCGCUGCUGGUGGGGCUGCCGCUGUGGGCCGGCCGCCGGGCGCACCGCCGCCUGCGCCGCGCCACCGUCGCGCGCCGCACCGCCGCCGUCGCCGCCGCCGUCGCCGCUGCGCUGCUUGUGUCGCCGAUCGUGGCGGGGCUGGCGGUGGGCAUCGGCGUGCCCAUCCUGCUGUUCUACGUGUACGGCGUCGUGCCCGUGUCGCUGUGCCGCGCCGGCGGCUGCGCGCGCCGCCCCGAGCCCGACGCCGUGUCGCGCCACAUCGACCCCAGCAUCGGCGACGCAUCGCUGUCGGCCGGGUCGGCGGCGGUCGAGCUGCGCGCGCCGUCGCUGGCCGCGCUCGCGGGCUCGCUGGCGCACGAGCCCCACGAGCCGGAGCCGGAGCCCGAGCCGCAGAGGCUCGAGGUGACGGCCGACGUGACGGCCGACGUCGCCAGCGCUAGCUGGCCCGACGACCUGCCCUCCACGUCGUCGCGCUCGGCGCGCCUCAAGAGCCUGUUCCUGUACGGGUCGGCGGCGCCGCCCGACCCCGAGGCGCCGCCGCCGCCGCCGCCGGGCGCCGCCGCGCCGGCCGAGCUGAGCGCCGCCUGCGAGACGCGGCUGGUGCGCGCGGCUGGCGUGCCGGCGCAGCACUCGUAACGAACGCGCGCCACGCACUGAUCCUCACGCGACCGACCCCUGCGGCGCAUCCGUGCUAGUGCGCCCCGAGAGACCCGUGCUCCUCGCGACCGAAUAUCUCAUUUGAUUUAAUACAGCAUACCCUAUCGCGUUACUGUGUAGAGGAAUUGGCGCUCGGAUAAAGGGACUCGUACGUAAAGUAGACUUAAGUGAAAUGAAGUGUAAGUGGUAACGAGACAGACUCGUAGUGUGAGUGGAGCGAAGUGCGUGGAGUUGCCGAGUCCGGGAUUGUUGUGAUUCGCUACAAUUGCUAUUUUUAUCGACGCGUAUUAAAUACGUUUUGUCCUGACAACGAAUAGCAGAGGAAUAUGUUAUGGUGCUUUACACGCCACUCUGUUAUACAACUGGAAUGACUAGAUAAUACUUAGAUCCGCCGGAAAGCAUCCCAUUUUGAUGUGGAAACCCUAUUGGAGCUUUGUUUCACGUCCCGUCUUAGAUAUCGCGUUGGUAAAAAUUGGCAUUUCACGGGUCAUCAAUGGUUCAGCGAAAGAUACUUUUGAGGUACAUGGCACAACUGAUUUAUCAAUGUACCUCGUCAGAUAUUGUGCUCGUGAGCCUAAAGGCGGCUCGACCGAGCCGGUCCAGCAAUCAUCCUAUCGGCUGUAUUGUCUGUCUAUUCUACCUUAAGCUUCCGGUUUGCAGUAGUUGCAUUGUUUGAAAAUAUCAAAUAUCUAGACGCGAGUCAGAUUGUUAAAUUUCUUUGUAAAAUAAGUGCGUGUUGUCUUCGAAAACAACGUCUCCUCUGUAAUCACAAAGUCUGUGGCACAGCUCACGUAAACUGUACUUUUCUUUUUUCAAAAUCUGGGUAAUCUACCUCCGCCAGACAAUAAGACGACUUGUAUUUGUGGUUUUUGUAGAACAAAAAUCGUUAAUUCCCGUCCCGCGCAUGCGAUUAAUAGUUAUAUGUAGGUCAGUAGAAUGUUUCAUGUGUGCCAGUUAUGACUUUAUGAGCUUGUGUGUGUGUUUCGAAGACAACUUACAUUUUUUUUUUACUAAUUCGCAUUGCAUCUGGUAUUUGUUGAUUGUUCUCUCUCGUGUAAACAGUGAUAAUUAGGAAUUAUUUAAUUGCCUACCCCUGUUGCAUGUUAUGUUGUGUUUAUUUUAUGAAUGUAAUGAGUCAUGGCUGAGAGCAGUCGCUAUUUUAAGAGCAAACGCAUUUCAGGCUGUCCAGUAGGUAUUAAUAAUUUAAAACGGAGACGUUGCAAAUGUAAAUUCGCAGCGACUGCCCUGCCGUGGGAACAUCAUUACAUUAUUAAAAUAAACAAUGUUUAGGCAGGGCCUCGGGCGCCGGUCCCGGGAGUCCCGGCGGCGUAGGUUAAGUGAGCUAUUCCCGGAAGCUCCCACCGCCAGCCGACUGUGAACCUUAUGCUAAUGGCAUAGAGUUCACCGUCGACUGUAUGGAAUCGCGGUGGUAAAGGUAUUAAAUACCGACACGGACAAAGUGCCAAAAAUAUGUAGGUACACGCUACCUUAAUGUAUGUACAAUAUGUAGGUACACGCUACCUUAAGCUUGUACAAUAAGGGCGAGUAUACAUAAUUUAGCACUUUGUCCGUGUUGAUAUUGAAUAUAUAUGUACCUUGAGUGUAAACACCCGGAGCAGCCGGCACAGUCAGACAGAGAAGGGAAGGGAGGAGCUGCGGGCGCGCCCGCUCUGAUAGAUGCUUGCGCUUCUAAAGCAGUGUUACUCUAUCCGAUAUUUGUGAUACUUUGAAUAAUUACUAUUAACGAUCUAAAUUAUUUAAUUUUUCACGUUUGUAGGCGAAAAGUAAUUCUAAGCUAUAAUUAUUAUGUUAUGUGAAUCAUAUACCUACAGUAAACGAUUAAAAUGUGAUUAAACUUA